AUGUGUUCAGUGAAUAACGGAAUUGGUUUGACUAAUUCAUAUUCAGACAUAGAAGAACUAGAUAUUCGGAUCAGAUGGAAUAACAGUCUUCAAGAAGUAGCCAUCAAUGAUCCGAAUGCUCUUUUUUCAAAAACUAAGGAUUUAUGGGCUGAUGGAAUUUGUGCUUCUGGUGGAAAAAACUGCAAUGUCACAGAUGACACUCUCCAAUCAGAUUUCAACGUAAUUAAUGAUUAUGCAAUUAACAACCGUUGUGUAUUCAUAGCUCCAUCUGCACCCGGGAAGCGCUCGGCAGAGUGCAGCGGGAUUUCCGUCUGGAGCGACACCAGUUGCUUACGUGGUGCUGUCUGCAGAACUUUUCCUAUUCAAUAA